AGCUGGAACCAAUCAUAAUACAAUUCUCGAAGUACUGCGUCUGAUUGGUAGAGUUUCCUGACACUUUGCGUCUGCCUUUAUCAUCGUAUGGGUCAUAUGAUACUAUCAUUCAGUGGAAUAAUAAAUUUGUAAUCUACUAUCAAAUACCGUUCCUGUCAAAAUUUCUUACGUGCCUUAUAUAUGCACAAGUAAGCCAAACUAACAGUAUCCAGUAUUGAAACAGUUUUAUAUAUCGUACAACGAUGUCAUUUUUUGGAGUAAAUGUCAAUCCAUUCUCAACACCAGUAGGCCAAAAGAUAGAACAAGCUACGGAUGGUAGUUUGCCAAGUGAAAACUGGACGCUUAACAUGGAAAUAUGUGAUAUUAUAAAUGAAACAGAGGAUGGGCCAAGAGAUGCAAUUAAAGCAAUUAAGCGUAGACUCAAUCAAGCUGCAGGAAAAAAUUAUACUAUAGUCAUGUAUACUCUUACUGUACUAGAAACAUGCGUGAAAAAUUGUGGAAAACGUUUUCAUACUCUCGCUUGUUCGCGAGAGUUUAUACAAGAACUAGUUAAGUUAAUUGGACCAAAAAAUGAACCACCAACAGCGGUGCAAGAAAAGGUUCUAAGUUUAAUCCAAACAUGGGCAGAUACAUUCCGUCAUCAACCCCAUACUCAAGGAGUUGUACAAGUAUAUCAAGAACUAAAAGUGAAAGGUAUACAAUUUCCAAUGACUGAUUUAGACGCCAUGGCUCCUAUUAUUACCCCAGAACGAAGUGUACCUGAAUCAGAGCAGAGCAUUAUAAAUGUCCCCACAACUGAACAGCAAUCAAUAACACCUGCCACAUUACAAGUUCAACAACCACCGAAUCAAUCUUCAGGACAAUUAAUUCAGUUAAACGAGCAACAAAUGGCUAAAUUACAAAGUGAACUUGAUGUUGUACAAGGAAACAUGCGUGUCUUAUCAGAAAUGUUGGCAUUCUUUACAAGUUCUGAUCAGAAUAAUAGUCAACAACCAGAUCCUGCUGACUUUGAACUUUUAACUGAACUUCAUUCUACAUGCAAAGCAAUGCAAGAACGAGUUGUUGAUUUAAUUGGAAAACUGGCACACGAUGAAAUGACAGCAGAAUUACUACGGAUUAAUGAUGAACUGAAUAAUUUAUUUUUGCGUUAUUCGCGUUACACGAAAAAUAAGGCUGUAGCUGCAAGUACUAUUUUGGCACAAACAAUUGGUCAUCCACAAAACAUGGAUUCCGCUUCGUCAAAUAAAAAGGAAGAACCUGAUUCUCUUAUAGACUUAUCAGAUGAAACUGAUACUUUAGAAAAAAAAGUAACAGGAAUGGAUAUAGCUGAUAAUGCCGAUAAAAAUAGGAUAGAACGAAAAGAAAAGAAAGAAGGUGAUAAUGAUGAAUUUGAUAUGUUUGCACAGUCACGCAACACGACCUACGAAACUACAAAAAACAGUGGCAGCAAGUAUGAGGACAAUUUGGAGCAGGUGAGCGGAGGAAGCCUCAGUACAGCGAUUCUAAACCGCAGUAAUCCUAAAUAUCCCCAACAGACUGCUUCUACAGUUGCUUCUACUACUGCUACUACUUCUCUGAACCGGGAAUCUGAAUUUAAUGAAAUGGCAGCUUGGUUAGAUCAUACGCCAGGAGCACACGGUGACCAGGAAUCUUUAACUUCGUCAGAAUUUGAACGUUUCUUAGCAGAAAGAGCUGCUGCAGCUGAAGCUUUACCCACUCUACCUGCAACCACUGCUACAACUGGAACAACAAACUCUGAAAAUUCAAACAUUCAACGUCAAAUUAAUAAGGAUCAAGAUAAAUCUUUAUUUGCUCUUUAAAUAUAAUUUUAAUUUCUUAGAAAUUUAAGGAAGUUAAGUUUGAUCUAAUUUAAUCUUCAAAAAAUUAAAUUUUCUCGUAAAUCACUGCUUCUAGUAACACACUUCUGGUAUUAGAAGUUAUAAUAAAACGAUUGAAAAAAGGUAAAAGAAAACUAAGAAAAAAGAAAAUGCUUUGCACUUAUAUGUACUUAAGAAUGUAAUUAAUACUACAUGACCAUAAAUUAAUAUUUCAUUA